AUGAAUUAUUUGAUAAGCCAAGGAGCUGAUGUCAAUAAGGCGGAUAAUAGUGGUUGGACUGCAUUACACAGGGCUGCUUUCCAUUCUCAAAUUGACGUCAUUGAAACUCUGAUCGGGAAGGGAGCAGAGGUCAAUAAGAAAGAUAAAGUUGGUCGGACUUCAUUAGAAAUUGCUGCUUCCAAUGGUCAUAUUGACGUCAUAAAAUAUCUGAUCAGUCAAGGAGCAGAGGUCAAUAAGGAGGAUAAUAUUGGUCGGAUUGCAUUACACAGUGCUGCUAGGUUUGGCCACAUUGACGUCAUCAAAUAUCUGAUCAGUAAGGGAGCUGAGAUCCUUAGGGAGGAUAAUAAUGGUCGGACUGCAUUACACAGUGCUGCUUCCAAUGGGCAUCUUGACGUCAUCAAAUAUCUGAUCAAUAAGAGUGCUGAGGUCGUUAAGGAGGACAAUAAUGGUUGGACUGCAUUACACAGUGCUGCUUCCAAUGGUCACAUUGACGUCAUCAAAUAUCUGAUCAGUGAAGGAACUGAGGGAAAUAAAGGUGAUAAAGAUGGUCAGACUGCGUUACACACGGCUGCUUCCAAUGGGCAUCUUGGCGUCAUCAAAUAUCUGAUCAGUGAAGGAGCUGAGGUCAAUAAAGGGGAUAAUGAUGGUCGGACUGCAAUACACAGUGCUGCUUCCAAUGGUCAUACUGACGUCAUCAAAUAUCUGAUCAGUGUAGGAGCUGAGGUCAAUAAAGGGGAUAAAGAUGGUCAGACUGCAUUACACAUUGCUACUUCCAAUGGGCAUCUUGACGUCAUUAAAUAUCUGAUUAGUAAAGGAGCUGAGGUCAAUAAGAAGGAUAAUAAUGGUCGGACUGCAGUACACAAUGCUUCUAGGUUAGGCCAUAUUGAAGUCAUCAAAUAUCUGAUCAGUAAUGGAGGUGAGGUCAAUAAGAAGGAUAAUAAUGGUCGGACUGCAUUACACAGUGCUGCUAAGAAUGGUCCUAUUGACGUCAUCAAAUGUCUGAUCAGCCAUGGAGCUGAGGUCAAUAAGGGGGAUAAUAAUAGUCAGACUACAUUACACAGUGCUGCUUCCAAUGGUCGUAUUGACGUCAUCAAAUAUCUGAUCAGUGAAGGAGCUGAGCUCAAUAAGGAGGAUAAAAGGGGUUGGACUGUAUUACACAGUGUUGCUUUCGAUGGGCAUAUUGAUGUCAUCAAACAUAUGAUCAGUGAAGGGGCUGAGGUCAAUAAGGGGGAUAAUAAUGGUCAGACUCCAUUACACUGUGCUGCUUUCAAUGGUCAUAUUAACGUCAUCGAAUAUCUGAUCAAUGAAAGAGCUGAGGUCAUUAAGGGGGAUAAAGAUGGCCAGACUGCAUUACACAUUGCUUCUAGGUUAGGGCAUAUUGAAGUUAUCAAAUAUCUCAUCAGUAAGGGAGCUGAGGUCUUUAAGGAGGCUAAUAAUGGUCGGACUGCAUUACACAGUGCUGCUUGCAAUUGGCAUCUUGACGUCAUCAAAUAUCUGAUCAGUAAGGGAGCUGAGGUCGAUAAGGAGGAUAAUAAUGGUCGGACUGCAUUACACAGUGCUGCUUCCAACGGUAAUCUUGAGGUUAUGAAAUAUCUGAUCAGUGAAGGAGCUGAGGUCGAUAAGGAGUAUAAUGAUGGUCGGAGUGCAUUACACAGUGCUGCUUCCAAUGGGCAUAUUGAUGUCAUCAAAUAUCUGAUCGAUAAGGGAGCUGAGGUCGUUAAGGAGGAUAAUGAUGGUCUGACUGCAAUACACUGUGCUGCUUCCAAUGGUCAUACUGACGCCAUCAAAUAUCUGAUCAGUGAAGGAGCUGAGGUCAAUAAGGAGGAUAAAGAUGGUCGGACUGCAAUUCAAAGUGCUGCUUCUAAUGGUCAUACUGACGUCAUCAGAUAUCUGAUCAGUGAAGGAGCUGAGGUCAAUAAGGAAGAUAAAAGUGGUGGGACUGCAUUACACAGUGCUGCUUCCGAUGGGCAUAUUGACGUCAUCAAAUAUCUGAUCAGUGGAGGAGCUGAGGUCAAUAAGGAAGAUAGAAAUGGUUUGACUGCAUUACACAGUGCUGCUUCGAAUGGGCACAUUGACGUCAUCAAAUAUCUGAUCAGUAAGGGAGCUGAGGUCAUUAAGGAGGAUAGAAGCGGUUGGACUGCAUUACACAGUGCUGCUUCCAAUGGGCAUCUUGACGUCAUCACAUAUAUGAACAGUAAGGGAGCUGAGGUCGUUAAGGAGGAUAAUGAUGGUAUGACUGCAAUACACAGUGCUGCUUCCAGUGGUCAUACUGACGUCAUCAAAUAUCUGAUCAGUGAAGGAGCUAAGGCCAAUAAAGGGGAUAAAGAUCGUCAGACUGCAUUACACAUUGCUGCUUCCAAUGGGCAUCUUGACGUCAUCAAAUAUCUGAUCAGUGAAGGAGCUAAGGUUAAUAAAGGGGAUAAAGAUGGUCAGACUGCAUUACACAUUGCUGCUUCCAAUGGGCAUCUUGACGUCAUCAAAUAUCUGAUCAGUAAAGGAGCUGAGGUCAAUAAGGGGGAAAGAGAUGGUCAGACAGAAUUACACAUUGCUUCUAGGUUAGGCCAUAUUGAAGUCAUUAAAUAUCUGAUCAGUAAUGGAGCUGAGGUCAAUAAGAAGGAUAAUAAUGGUCGGACUGCAUUACACAGUGCUGCUAAGAAUGGUCGUAUUGACGUCAUCAAAUCUCUGAUCAGCCAUGGAGCUGAGGUCAAUAAGGGGGAUAAUAAUGGUCAGACUGCAUUACACAGUGCUGUUUCCAUUGGUAGUAUUGACGUCAUCAAAUAUCUGAUCAGUGAAGGAGCUGAGCUCAAUAAGGAGGAUAAAAGUGGUUGGACUGCAUUACACAGUGCUGCUUUCGAUGGGCAUAUUGAUGUCAUCAAACAUCUGAUCAGUGAAGGGGCUGAUGUCAAUAAGGGGGAUAAUAAUGGUCAGACUCCAUUACACUUUGCUGCUUUCAAUUGUCAUAUUAAUGUCAUCGAAUAUCUGAUCAAUGAAAGAGCUGAGGUCAUUAAGGGGGAUAAAGAUGGCCAGACUGCAUUACACAUUGCUUCUAGGUUAGGGCAUAUUGAAGUUAUCAAAUAUCUGAUCAGUAAGGGAGCUGAGGUCGAUAAGGAGGAUAAUAAUGGUCGGACUGCAUUGCACAGUGCUGCUUCCAAUGCUAAUCUUGAGGUCAUGAAAUAUCUGAUUAGUAAGGGAGCUGAGGUCGUUAAGGAGGAUAAUGAUGGUCUGACUGCAAUACACUGUGCUGCUUCUAAUGGUCAUACUGACGUCAUUAAAUAUCUGAUAAGUGAAGGAGCUGAGGUAAAAAAGGAGGAUAAAAGUGGUGGGACUGCAUUACACAGUGCUGCUUCCGAUAUUGAUGUCAUCAAAUAUCUGUUCAGUGAAGGAGCUGAGGUCAAUAAAGAAGAUAGAAAUGGUUGGACUGCAUUACACAGUGCUGCUUCCAAUAUGCAUCUUGACGUCAUCAAAUAUCUGACCAGUAUAGGAACUGAGGUCAAUAAGGGGGAAAGAGAUGGUCAGACAGCAUUGCACAUUGCUUCUAGGUUAGGCCAUAUUGAAGUCAUCAAAUAUCUGAUCAGUAAUGGAGCUGAGGUCAAUAAGGGGGAAAGAGAUGGUCAGACAGCAUUACACAUUGCUUCUAGGUUAGGCCAUAUUGAAGUCAUCAAAUAUCUGAUCAGUAAUGGAGCUGAGGUCAAUAAGAAGGAUAAUAAUGAUCGGACUGCAUUACACAGUGCUGCUAAGAAUGGUCGUAUUGACGUCAUCAAAUAUCUGAUCAGCCAUGGAGCUGAGGUCAAUAAGGGAGAUAAUAAUGGUCAGACUGCAUUACACAGUGCUGUUUCCAUUGGUCGUAUUGACGUCAUCAAAUAUCUGAUCAGUGAAGGAUCUGAGCUCAAUAAGGAGGAUAAAAGUGGUUGGACUGCAUUACACAGUGCUGCUUUCGAUGGGCAUAUUGAUGUCAUCAAAUAUCUGAUCAGUGAAGGGGCUGAGGUCAAUAAGGGGGAUAAUAAUGGUCAAAAUCCAUUACACUGUGCUUCUUCCAAUGGUAAUCUUGACGUCAUGAAAUAUCUGAUCAGUGAAGGAGCUGAGGUCAAUAAGGAGGAUAAAAGUGGUUGGACUGCAUUACACAGUGCUGCUUUCGAUGGGCAUAUUGAUGUCAUCAAACAUAUGAUCAGUGAAUGGGCUGAGGUCAAUAAGGGGGAUAAUGAUGGUCGGACUCCAUUACACUGUGCUGCUUUAAAUGGUCAUAUUAACGUCAUCGAAUAUCUGAUCAAUGAAAGAGCUGAGGUCAUUAAGGGGGAUAAAGAUGGCCAGACUGCAUUACACAUUGCUUCUAGGUUAGGGCAUAUUGAAGUUAUCAAAUAUCUGAUCAGUAAGGGAGCUGAGGUCAUUAAGGAGGAUAAAAGUGGUUGGACUGCAUUACACAGUGCUGCUUUCGAUGGGCAUAUUGAUGUCAUCAAACAUAUGAUCAGUGAAGGGGCUGAGGUCAAUAAGGGGGAUAAUAAUGGUCAGAAUCCAUUACACUGUGCUGCUUCCAGUGGGCAUAUUGAUGUCAUCAAAUAUCUAAUCGAUAAGGGAGCUGAGGUCGUUAAGGAGGAUAAUAAUGGUCUGACUGCAAUACACUGUGCUGCUUCUAAUGGUCAUAAUGACGUCAUCAAAUAUCUGAUCAGUCAAGGAGCUGAGGUCGAUAAGGAGUAUAAUGAUGGUCGGAGUGCAUUACACAGUGCUGCUUCCAAUGGGCAUAUUGAUGUCAUCAAAUAUCUGAUCGAUAAGGGAGCUGAGGUCGUUAAGGAGGAUAAUAAUGGUCUGACUGCAAUACACUGUGCUGCUUCCAAUGGUCAUACUGACGUCAUCAAAUAUCUGAUCAGUCAAGGAGCUGAGGUCAAUAAGGAGAAUAAAAUUGGCGUGACUGCAUUACACAUUGCUGCUUCCAAUGGGCAUUUUAACGUCAUCACAUAUUUGAUCAGUAAGGGAGCUGAGGUCAAUAAGGAGGAUAAUGAUGGUCUGACUGCAAUACACUGUGCUGCUUCCAAUGGUCAUACUGACGUCAUCAAAUAUCUGAUCAGUGAAGGAGCUGAGGUCAAUAAGGAGGAUGAUUAUGGUCGGACUGCAAUACACAGUGCUGCUUCUAAGGGUCAUACUGACGUCAUCAGAUAUCUGAUCAGUGAAGGAGCUGAGGUCAAUAAGGAGGAUAAAACUGGUGGGACUGCAUUACACAGUGCUGCUUCCGAUGGUCAUAUUGACGUCAUCAAAUAUCUGAUCAGUGAAGGAGCUGAGGUCAAUAAGGAAGCUAGAAAUGGUUUGACUGCAUUACACAGUGCUGCUUCCAAUUGUCAUACUGACGUCAUCAACUAUCUGAUUAGUGUAGGAGUUAAGGUCAAUAAAGGGAAUAAAGAUGGUCAGACUGCAUUACACAUUGCUGCUUCCAAUGGGCAUCUUGACGUCAUCAAAUAUCUGAUCAGUGAAGGAGCUCAGGUUAAUAAAGGGGAUAAAGAUGGUCAGACUGCAUUACACAUUGCUGCUUCCAAUGGGCAUCUUGACGUCAUCAAAUAUCUGAUCAGUGAAGGAGCUGAGGUCAAUAAGGGGGAAAGAGAUGGUCAGACAGCUUUACACAUUGCUUCUAGGUUAGGCCAUAUUGAAGUAAUCAAAUAUCUGAUCAGUAAUGGAGAUGAGGUCAAUAAGAAGGAUAAUAAUGAUCGGACUGCAUUAUACAGUGCUGCUAAGAAUGGUCGCAUUGACGUCAUCAAAUAUCUGAUCAGCCAUGGAGCUGAGGUCAAUAAGGGGGAUAAUAAUGGUCAGACUGCAUUACACAGUGCUGUUUCCAUUGGUCGUAUUGACGUCAUCAAAUAUCUGAUCAGUGAAGGAGCUGAGGUCAAUAAGGAGGAUAAAAGUGGUUGGACUGCAUUACACAGUGCUGCUUUCGAUGGGCAUAUUGAUGUCAUCAAACAUAUGAUCAGUGAAGGGGCUGAGGUCAAUAAGGGGGAUAAUGAUGGUCGGACUCCAUUACACUGUGCUGCUUCCAAUGGUCAUAUUGACGUCAUGAAAUAUCUGACCAGUGAAGGAGCUGAGGUCGAUAAGGAGUAUAAUAAUGGUCGGACUGCAUUACACAGUGCUUCUUCCAAUGGGCAUAUUGAUGUCAUCAAAUAUCUGAUCAAUAAGGGAGCUGAGGUCGUUAAGGAGAAUAAUGAUGGUCUGACUACAAUACACUGUGCUGCUUCCAAUGGUCAUACUGACGUCAUCAAAUAUCUGAUCAGUGAAGGAGCUGAGGUCAAUACGGAGCAUAAAAGUGGUGGGACUGCAUUACACAGUGCUGCUUCCAAUGGUCAUAUUGACGUCAUCAAAUAUCUGAUCAGUGAAGGAGCUGAGGUCAAUAAGGAGGAUAGAAGUGGUUGGACUGCAUUACACAGUGCUGCUUCCGAUGGGCACAUUGACGUCAUCAAAUAUCUGAUCAGUGAAGGAGCUGAGGUCGAUAAGGAGUAUAAUGAUGGUCGGAAUGCAUUACACAGUGCUGCUUCCAAUGGGCAUAUUGAUGUCAUCAAAUAUUUGAUCAGUGAAGGAGCUGAGGUCAAAAAGGAGGAUAAAAGUGGUGGGACUGCAUUACCCAGUGCUGCUUCCAAUGGGCAUAUUGACGUCAUCAAAUAUCUGAUCAGUGAAGGAGCUGAGGUCAAUAAGGAAGAUAGAAAUGGUUUGACUGCAUUACACAGUGCUGCUUCGAAUGGGCACAUUGACGUCAUCAAAUAUAUGAUCAGUAAGGGAGCUGAGGUCAUUAAGGAGGAUAGAAGCGGUUGGACUGCAUUACACAGUGCUGCUUCCAAUGGGUAUCUUGACGUCAUCACAUAUCUGAUCAGUAAGGGAGCUGAGGUCGUUAAGGAGGAUAAUGAUGGUCUGACUGCAAUACACUUUGCUGCUUCCAAUGGUCAUACUGACGUCAUCAAAUAUCUGAUCAGUGAAGGAGCUAAGGUCAAUAAAGGGGAUAAAGAUGGUCAGACUGCAUUACACAUUGCUGCUUCCAAUGGGCAUCUUGACGUCAUCAAAUAUCUGAUCAGUGAAGGAGCUCAGGUUAAUAAAGGGGAUAAAGAUGGUCAGACUGCAUUACACAUUGCUGCUUCCAAUGGGCAUCUUGACGUCAUCAAAUAUCUGAUCAGUGAAGGAGCUGAGGUCAAUAAGGGGGAAAGAGAUGGUCAGACAGCUUUACACAUUGCUUCUAGGUUAGGCCAUAUUGAAGUAAUCAAAUAUCUGAUCAGUAAUGGAGAUGAGGUCAAUAAGAAGGAUAAUAAUGAUCGGACUGCAUUAUACAGUGCUGCUAAGAAUGGUCGCAUUGACGUCAUCAAAUAUCUGAUCAGCCAUGGAGCUGAGGUCAAUAAGGGGGAUAAUAAUGGUCAGACUGCAUUACACAGUGCUGUUUCCAUUGGUCGUAUUGACGUCAUCAAAUAUCUGAUCAGUGAAGGAGCUGAGGUCAAUAAGGAGGAUAAAAGUGGUUGGACUGCAUUACACAGUGCUGCUUUCGAUGGGCAUAUUGAUGUCAUCAAACAUAUGAUCAGUGAAGGGGCUGAGGUCAAUAAGGGGGAUAAUGAUGGUCGGACUCCAUUACACUGUGCUGCUUCCAAUGGUCAUAUUGACGUCAUGAAAUAUCUGACCAGUGAAGGAGCUGAGGUCGAUAAGGAGUAUAAUAAUGGUCGGACUGCAUUACACAGUGCUUCUUCCAAUGGGCAUAUUGAUGUCAUCAAAUAUCUGAUCAAUAAGGGAGCUGAGGUCGUUAAGGAGGAUAAUGAUGGUCUGACUACAAUACACUGUGCUGCUUCCAAUGGUCAUACUGACGUCAUCAAAUAUCUGAUCAGUGAAGGAGCUGAGGUCAAUACGGAGCAUAAAAGUGGUGGGACUGCAUUACACAGUGCUGCUUCCAAUGGUCAUAUUGACGUCAUCAAAUAUCUGAUCAGUGAAGGAGCUGAGGUCAAUACGGAGCAUAAAAGUGGUGGGACUGCAUUACACAGUGCUGCUUCCAAUGGUCAUAUUGACGUCAUCAAAUAUCUGAUCAGUGAAGGAGCUGAGGUCAAUAAGGAGGAUAGAAGUGGUUGGACUGCAUUACACAGUGCUGCUUCCGAUGGGCACAUUGACGUCAUCAAAUAUCUGAUCAGUGAAGGAGCUGAGGUCGAUAAGGAGUAUAAUGAUGGUCGGAAUGCAUUACACAGUGCUGCUUCCAAUGGGCAUAUUGAUGUCAUCAAAUAUUUGAUCAGUGAAGGAGCUGAGGUCAAAAAGGAGGAUAAAAGUGGUGGGACUGCAUUACCCAGUGCUGCUUCCAAUGGGCAUAUUGACGUCAUCAAAUAUCUGAUCAGUGAAGGAGCUGAGGUCAAUAAGGAAGAUAGAAAUGGUUUGACUGCAUUACACAGUGCUGCUUCGAAUGGGCACAUUGACGUCAUCAAAUAUAUGAUCAGUAAGGGAGCUGAGGUCAUUAAGGAGGAUAGAAGCGGUUGGACUGCAUUACACAGUGCUGCUUCCAAUGGGUAUCUUGACGUCAUCACAUAUCUGAUCAGUAAGGGAGCUGAGGUCGUUAAGGAGGAUAAUGAUGGUCUGACUGCAAUACACUUUGCUGCUUCCAAUGGUCAUACUGACGUCAUCAAAUAUCUGAUCAGUGAAGGAGCUAAGGUCAAUAAAGGGGAUAAAGAUGGUCAGACUGCAUUACACAUUGCUGCUUCCAAUGGGCAUCUUGACGUCAUCAAAUAUCUGAUCAGUGAAGGAGCUCAGGUUAAUAAAGGGGAUAAAGAUGGUCAGACUGCAUUACACAUUGCUGCUUCCAAUGGGCAUCUUGACGUCAUCAAAUAUCUGAUCAGUGAAGGAGCUGAGGUCAAUAAGGGGGAAAGAGAUGGUCAGACAGCUUUACACAUUGCUUCUAGGUUAGGCCAUAUUGAAGUAAUCAAAUAUCUGAUCAGUAAUGGAGAUGAGGUCAAUAAGAAGGAUAAUAAUGAUCGGACUGCAUUAUACAGUGCUGCUAAGAAUGGUCGCAUUGACGUCAUCAAAUAUCUGAUCAGCCAUGGAGCUGAGGUCAAUAAGGGGGAUAAUAAUGGUCAGACUGCAUUACACAGUGCUGUUUCCAUUGGUCGUAUUGACGUCAUCAAAUAUCUGAUCAGUGAAGGAGCUGAGGUCAAUAAGGAGGAUAAAAGUGGUUGGACUGCAUUACACAGUGCUGCUUUCGAUGGGCAUAUUGAUGUCAUCAAACAUAUGAUCAGUGAAGGGGCUGAGGUCAAUAAGGGGGAUAAUGAUGGUCGGACUCCAUUACACUGUGCUGCUUCCAAUGGUCAUAUUGACGUCAUGAAAUAUCUGACCAGUGAAGGAGCUGAGGUCGAUAAGGAGUAUAAUAAUGGUCGGACUGCAUUACACAGUGCUUCUUCCAAUGGGCAUAUUGAUGUCAUCAAAUAUCUGAUCAAUAAGGGAGCUGAGGUCGUUAAGGAGGAUAAUGAUGGUCUGACUACAAUACACUGUGCUGCUUCCAAUGGUCAUACUGACGUCAUCAAAUAUCUGAUCAGUGAAGGAGCUGAGGUCAAUACGGAGCAUAAAAGUGGUGGGACUGCAUUACACAGUGCUGCUUCCAAUGGUCAUAUUGACGUCAUCAAAUAUCUGAUCAGUGAAGGAGCUGAGGUCAAUAAGGAGGAUAGAAGUGGUUGGACUGCAUUACACAGUGCUGCUUCCGAUGGGCACAUUGACGUCAUCAAAUAUCUGAUCAGUGAAGGAGCUGAGGUCGAUAAGGAGUAUAAUGAUGGUCGGAAUGCAUUACACAGUGCUGCUUCCAAUGGGCAUAUUGAUGUCAUCAAAUAUUUGAUCAGUGAAGGAGCUGAGGUCAAAAAGGAGGAUAAAAGUGGUGGGACUGCAUUACCCAGUGCUGCUUCCAAUGGGCAUAUUGACGUCAUCAAAUAUCUGAUCAGUGAAGGAGCUGAGGUCAAUAAGGAAGAUAGAAAUGGUUUGACUGCAUUACACAGUGCUGCUUCGAAUGGGCACAUUGACGUCAUCAAAUAUAUGAUCAGUAAGGGAGCUGAGGUCAUUAAGGAGGAUAGAAGCGGUUGGACUGCAUUACACAGUGCUGCUUCCAAUGGGUAUCUUGACGUCAUCACAUAUCUGAUCAGUAAGGGAGCUGAGGUCGUUAAGGAGGAUAAUGAUGGUCUGACUGCAAUACACUUUGCUGCUUCCAAUGGUCAUACUGACGUCAUCAAAUAUCUGAUCAGUGAAGGAGCUAAGGUCAAUAAAGGGGAUAAAGAUGGUCAGACUGCAUUACACAUUGCUGCUUCCAAUGGGCAUCUUGAUGUCAACAAAUAUCUGAUCAGUAAAGGAGCUGAGGUUAAUAAAGGGGAUAAAGAUGGUCAGACUGCAUUACACAUUGCUGCUUCCAAUGGGCAUCUUGACGUCAUCAAAUAUCUGAUCAGUGAAGGAGCUGAGGUCAAUAAGGGGGAAAGAGAUGGUCAGACAGAAUUACACAUUGCUUCUAGGUUAGGGCAUAUUGAAGUCAUCAAAUAUCUGAUCAGUAAUGGAGCUGAGGUCAAUAAGAAGGAUAAUAAUGGUCGGACUGCAUUACACAGUGCUGCUAAGAAUGGUCGUAUUGACGUCAUCAAAUAUCUGAUCAGCCAUGGAGCUGAAGUCAAUAAGGGGGAUAAUAAUGGUCAGACUGCAUUACACAGUGCUGUUUCCAUUGUGAAGGAGCUGAGCUCAAUAAGGAGGAUAAAAGUGGUUGGACUGCAUUACACAGUGCUUGUUUCGAUGGGCAUAUUGAUGUCAUCAAAUAUAUGA